GCGGGCUGGGACACUCCCGGCCGGACCGGGCGGCCGCAGCGCGGGGAGCCGCGGCCAUGGGCGCGCGAGCGCCGGCCUAGCGCGGACACGAGCGGCGCCGGGCCGCGGCCUGCGGGCGGCGCGCGGGAUGAGCGGCCACGGGGGGCCCGGCUCGGGCUCGUCCCCGGCCGCCGGCCGCUUCGCGCACUACUUCGUGCUGUGCGGGAUGGACGCGGACAGCGGGCUGGAGCCCGACGAGCUGGCGGGUGAGAACUUCGAGCAGAGCCCCCUGAGGAGAGCGUUCAAGUCCCAGGUGCUGGCGCACUACCCCCAGAACGUGGAGUGGAGCCCCUUCGACCAGGACGCCGUCAACCUGCUGUGCAUGCCCAAGGGGCUGUCGUUCCGGACGCAGGCGGACAGCCGGGAGCCGCAGUUCCACUCGUUCCUCAUCACCCGGGAGGACAGCUCGCGCACCUACGGCUUCGCGGUCACCUUCUACGAGGAGGUGACCAGCGGGCCCAUCCGCACGGCCAUGCAGACGCUGUACCACAUGCACCAGGCCGAGCAGGCGGGCAGCGCGGGCAGCACGGACUCGCUGGCCAGCAGCCCGGACGAGGGCGAGGGCGGCCCGUGCCCCCGGCCGCCGCCGGGCGGCUCCUUCGACCCGGCCCGGGACACGCUGUACGUGUCCAAGAGCAUCUGCCUGGUGGUGCCGCUGCCCUUCAUGCGCGCCUGCAGGAAGUUCCUGCUGCAGCUGCACCGGGCCGUGGUGUCCCCGGAGCCGCCGCCCCUGCCCCUCGAGAGCUACAUCCACAACAUCCUCUACGAGGUGCCGCUGCCGCCGCCCGGCCGCUCGCUCAAGUUCUACGGCGUGUACGAGCCCGUGGUGUGCCAGCGGCCCGGCCCCGACGAGCUGCCGCUGGCCGACUUCUCGCUGCGGGAGGCCCUGGAGCUGCUGGGCCCCGAGAGCCUGGUGCAGGUGCUGACCUGUGUGCUCCUGGAGAUGCAGGUCCUGCUCUACUCGCAAGACUGCCAGCGCCUGAUGACGGUGGCCGAGAGCAUCACGGCGCUCCUCUUCCCGUUCCAGUGGCAGCACGUGUACGUGCCCAUCCUGCCCGCGUCCCUGCUGCAGUUCCUGGACGCGCCCGUGCCCUACCUGAUGGGCCUGCAGGCCAAGGGCGGCGCCGACCGCUCCAAGCUGGAGCUUCCUCAGGAGGCCAACCUGUGCUUCGUGGACCUGGACGUGCGCUUCCUGGAGCUGCCCGAGGAGCUGCCUCAGUUUCCCCAGCGUGCGCAGCUGCUGCAGGAGCUGGCGCAGGUGCUGCUGCAGUUCGGGGCGCCAGACCCAGGGGCGCCCGCGCAGGAGCGGCCGGCGGGCUCCGAGAAGGCGGACACGCGCGAGGGCCGGGCGCCGUGCGACGCGGCCGAGCUGCAGGAGCAGCGUCUGGGCGCGCAGCUGCGCGAGGUCUUCGCCCGCCGCUUCACGCUGCUCUUCGCCGACUACGAGGCCUUCGUCAUCCAGGCGGCCGCCGACCCCGAGGCCUGGCUCAGCAGCCGCGAGCACACGCACAACUUCGACAAGGCCUCCUUCCUGUCGGACCAGCCCGAGCCCUUCCUGCCCUUCCUGUCGCGCUUCAUCGAGACGCAGAUGUUCGCCACCUUCGUGGACAACAAGAUCCUGUCGCAGUGGGAGGAGAAGGACCCCCUGCUGCGGGUCUUCGACGCGCGCAUCGAGAAGCUGCGCCUGCGGCCGUCCCUGCACCAGCCCUGCAGCGCCCUGAGUGACGUGGCCCAGCCCAUUGAGCAGCGGCUGAUGAAGAUGGACCACACGGCCAUCCACCCCCACCUCCUGGACAUGAAGAUCGGGCAGGGCAAGUACCAGCAAGGCUUCUUCCCGCGGCUGCAGGCCGAGGUCCUGGCCACGGGGCCCACCAGCAACAACCGCUGGGCCGGCCGUGGGGGCAGCACCCAGCGCCGGAAGGAGCGUCUCCGGCCACACUGCGAGCACUCGGGCCUGGACAACGACCUCAGGGAGAAACACGCGCAGGAGGCCCGGAGCUUAGGGAAGAGCCUGGGGCAGCCCCAGCUGUCCGGCCUGUCCCCCGCGGUCAUCGCACACACCAACCGCAAGUUCGUGGAGCGCCUGCUGAAGGAGUGCCGCAUGAAGACGAAGCGCAUGCUGGUGGAGAAGAUGGGCCGCGAGGCCGUGGAGCUGGGCCACGGGGAGGUGAGCAUCACGGGCCUGGAGGAGAACACGCUCAUCGCCAGCCUGUGCCACCUGCUGGAGCGCAUCUGGAGCCACGGGCUGCAGGUCAAGCAGGGGAAGUCCGCGCUGUGGUCACACCUGAUCCAGUUCCAGGACCGGGAGGAGAAGCAGGAGCACUCCGCCGAGUCCCCAGUUUCCCUCGGGCCGGAGCGGAGGAAGUCGGACUCGGGACUCGUGCUGCCGGCGCUCAGGGUCUCCCUGACCCAGGACAUGAGGCACGUGCAGAACAUGAGUGAGAUCAAGACGGACGUGGGCCGGGCACGCUCCUGGAUCCGCCUGUCCCUGGAGAAGAAGCUGCUGUCCCAGCACCUCAAGCAGCUGCUCUCGGACCAGCCGCUCACCAAGAAGCUGUACAAGCGCUACGCCUUCCUGCGCUGCGAGGACGAGCGGGAGCAGUUCCUCUACCACCUGCUGGCGCUCAACGCCGUGGACUACUUCUGCUUCACGGGCUCCUUCUCCACCAUCGUCAUCCCCUACAGGGUCGUGGUCGUCCCCAUCAAGAAGCUGAGCAGCGCCAUGGUCACCUCCAAGCCCUGGGUCUGCGUGUCGGGGGAGCUGGGCGACACGGGCGUCAGGCAGAUCCCCAAGAACCUCCUGGAGAUGACCUUCGAGUGCCAAAACCUGGGCAGGCUGAGCACGGUGCAGAUCGGACACGACAACUCGGGGCUGCUGACCAAGUGGCUGGUGGACUGCGUGGUGGUCAGGAACGAGAUCACGGGGCACACCUACAGGUUCCCGUGCGGCCGGUGGCUGGGGAAGGGCGUGGACGACGGCAGCCUGGAGCGGGUGCUCUUCGGGGAGCUGGUGGCGGCGGUGGCCGAGGAGGAGCCGGGCAGGCCGUGCCGGACGCCCCCCCAGCAGAAGUCCCCCCCCACGGCCCGGAGGGCGAGCGUCCCCUCCCUGUCAGGAAGGACGGCCAAGCCAAGCGCUGGGCAGAUCCAGGAUGGCAUCGGGGAGGCCGUGAACAACAUCGUGAAGCACUUCCACAAGCCCGAGAAGGAGCGGGGGAGCCUCACGGUGCUGCUGUGCGGGGAGCACGGGCUGGUGGCGGCGCUGGAGCACGCGUUCCACCACGGCUUCCGCUCGGCGCGCAUCUUCCACAGGAACACCUUCGUCUGGGACUUCGUAGAGCGGGCCGUCGCUUACUUUGAGACGGACGAGGAGCUUCUGGGCCAGGGAGACGACCUCGCGUCGCCGCGCAGGGCCUUCUGCCAGUACGUCACCGCCAUCAACACAGCGCCCCGGAAGAUCGGGAAGGACGGAAAGUUCCAGAUCCUGGUGUGCCUCGGAGCACGGGACCGGCUGCUCCCGCAGUGGGUGCCGCUGCUGGCCGCCUGCCCGGCCGUCACCCGCAUGUACGAGGAGGGCGCGCUCCUGCGGGACCACCUGGCCGUCAACACGCUCAUCCGCGUGCUGCAGAGCGUCCAGGACUUCCCCAUCGUCCUGGAGGGCUCGCUCACUAAGGGCGUGGACGUGGGCCCCGCGCGGUAGGGCCGCACCGCGGACUUGUGUGGGGACACUGAGCCAGCGGGCGGGCGGGGCCAGCCCUGCCCCGCCCCCGACCAGCCUCGCCCAGGCGAGGGCGCUGCUGUAUUGUAGUUCAUUUGAACCUGGAAUUUAGUAUGAAAUAGAGUAUUUUCAUGUGC